CGAUUUAUCGCAAAGUCCGGUGACUGAAGCUUAUCAGUGAUUUCUCCGAUAAUCUAGUCUUCGUCAUCCUCUCCCUUGACCACAUCAUCAACCACUUCCCCAUCUAUGGAUGGCUUCCCCAAACCAACAGCUCCCUGACAAAUCGACACUUCUCCCUCUCCACCAAACAUAUGGCCCCCUAAAACCAACUACACCAACAGGGAAAUAAAACCAUCAUGGCCCCAAACCUCGAAAUCACCAUCCCAACAACCAGCCUCUCCCCAACCUCACCCCCCUACACAGUCUACAACCUUACCCUCCGCCUCCCCCUCCGCUCCUUCACAAUCGCAAAACGCUACUCCGACUUCGCAACCUUCCACAAAACCCUCCUGUCCCAAACAAACGCCAACCCCCCAGCUCCCCUCCCCUCCAAAACCUGGUUCUCAAACACUGUCUCCAACGCAACCCUCCGCGAAAACCGUCGCCAAGCCCUCGAGUCCUACCUGCAGGCCAUAAACGACGCAGACGAUCCCCGAUGGCGUAACUCGCCCGCCUGGCGCGCGUUCCUGAAUUUACCUAGCGCUGCGAAUUCGUCACAUACUUCUACCAGAUUGCACGCGGCUAUCACGGACCCUGGGAGCGCCGGGUCGAGUAAUCCCAUCGCGGAUCCGACGCUGUGGCUCGAUGUGUACCGGGAUAUGAAGUCACAUUUGCAUGAUGCGCGGUUGCAUUUGACGCGACGGGAUCAGGAGACCACGCCGCAGAGGCAGCAUGAGAGCUCGGCGCGCGCAAAGAGUAGUCUGGUUCGGGCUGGGGGUCUGAUUGUGGCAUUGGAGGAGGGGUUGAAGGUUCUCGGGGAGGAGAGGAAUCGGGCACAGAGUCCUGCGGAUGGGUCUGGGUCUGGAUCUGCGCGGAGGUGGACGGCUGGUGGGAGUGGUUCGUUGGGGGAUGGAGAGGUGCGGCGGAGGAAGGAUCUACUGAUUAAUGCGAGGAAGGAGAAGGAUGGGUUGGAGGAUUUGUUGAAUGCCCUGGCGGCAAAGAGUCGGGUGGAUAACACGGUGGCGUCGGUGCAGGAUAAGGAGGCGCUUGUUGGGAGCACGAGUAGGAAGCCGGCCAGGUCUGGGAGGGUUUUGGGGAAGGAGACGGAGCGGACGCGGGAACUGGACAAUCAAGGUGUGUUGCAGUUGCAGAGGCAGACUAUGGAUGAUCAGGAUCAGAGUGUGGAGGAGUUGUUGAAGAUUAUUCGGCGGCAGAAGGAAUUGGGUAUUGCUAUUAAUGAGGAGGUGGAAAUUCAGAAUGCCCUGCUGUCGAUGGCAAAUGAGGAUGCAGAGAGGGUUCAUCGCAAGAUCGAGAUUGGGAAGAAGAGAAUAGGAAAGAUAUCCUGAUUUGGGGUUUAUAGCUGUAUAUCAUUUUGUAUCAUUUGGAGCGUGCUACGGGUCUCCUACGCUUUCGCUGGGUUGGGCUAUUCUAUCGAGCAUGGGAUUUGAAAGAGGAGUUCUGGCAUUAUAAUAUUAUUAUCGUUCAGCCCAAUCUGACUCUACAUACUU